AUGGGGAGCGCGGCGCUGGGGGGCGGCCCGUGGGUGCUGCGGGCACUCACCGGGUGCCUGCUGGGCGCCCUGGUGCUGAGCACGCUGCUGGGCAACGCGCUCGUGUGCCUCGCCGUCCUGCGCUUCCGCCACCUCCGCAACAAGGUCACCAACUGGUUCGUGCUGUCACUGGCUAUCUCGGACCUCUGCGUGGCCCUUUUGGUGAUGCCCUGGAAGGCGGUCACUGAGGUGGCCGGAGGCUCCUGGCUCUUUGGCAGCCACUUUUGUGACACCUGGGUGGCCUUUGACAUCAUGUGCUCCACCGCCUCCAUCCUCCACCUCUGCAUCAUCAGCCUGGACCGGUACUGGGCCAUCGCCAGCCCCUUUCGCUAUGAGCGCAAGAUGACACAGCGCCUUGCUUGUGCCAUGAUAGCCAUGGCCUGGGCUCUCUCCAUCCUCAUCUCCUUCAUCCCUGUGCAGCUACAGUGGCAUAAAGCCAAGGACAGUAGAGAUCCAGGCUCCUGGCUACCUGGGACACCGCGCUGUGAUGUCAGGUUGAACCGCACUUAUGCCAUCACCUCCUCCCUUAUCAGCUUCUACAUCCCCGUGGCCAUAAUGAUCAUCACCUAUACCAGGAUCUACAGAAUUGCCCAGGCCCAGAUCCGCCGCAUCUCCACCCUUGAGAGAGCAGGGGGGCAGUGGCCAGCUCCUGGCAAGGAUCCCACCUCCUCUUUGCGGAGUUCUUUGCACAAGGAGACCAGGGUGCUGCAGACCCUUUCUAUCAUUGUGGGAGUCUUUGUUUGCUGCUGGCUGCCCUUCUUCCUGCUGAACUGCCUGCUGCCUUUCUGCCAGCCCAGCCUCGAUGAGGACCCUGAAGGACAGUCACUCUGUAUCGGCCAAACCACCUUCAACGUCUUUGUGUGGUUUGGCUGGGCCAACUCUUCAGUGAAUCCAGUGAUCUAUGCUUUCAACGCAGACUUCAGGAGAGCUUUCAGCAAUCUCUUGGGCUGCCAGUGCUGCUGCUGUGGCACACCCGAAUCCGCUGUGGAGAGGGUCAACUUCAGCAAUGAGCUGGUUUCCUAUCACCUUGACACCACCUGCCAGAAAGGAGCUGUCCCAUUGUCAGUGCCUCCUGCUGCCACCACUGCCUGGGUGCAGCCCGUGCCCCAUGCCAUAAACCUCCAGGAAGAGGACAGCAGUGAGGAGCUGUCCAUGGAGAAGAGGGUUGUGACUUCUCAGACACAGACUGCCUUUGGCAGCAGCCCCAGCAGUUGUCAAGUGCCAGCUAUUUUGAAAUUGGAUUGCAAGGCGAAGCCAUCCCUGUAAACUGCUGCCCCCUGUACAGGACUUGGUCAGUGUGAGAGACCCCAUUGCCCUGUCUCAGAGGGAUGAGUGAUUAAACACAUCUCACACACCAGCCACCACACAAGGAGAGUUCUCCCUGUCUCCAUUAAGUUCCCCAGCAACAAAUGUCCCAUGCCAGAGAGAUGGGAAAACACUGCUCUUGCCUCACAGGGGUGAUAGGCAUAUGGACUCCAUUCCAAAGGCACAUAGCAGCUACACAUGGCCUCUUCCCAUGGCCACCUUCACCCCUUACUCUCACAGUCAUUAGAUAUCUCCAGUGCAUUUGUUCACCCCCAUUCUACAGUCAAAUUGGAGGUAUAUUUUAAGAAUAGUGAGAUAAUUAGAUCAAAGUAAAAACACCUCAUAGUUCAGGCAGCCAAUCCCUCCAGAAAGUAGAAAUAUAAUAUGAUCCACAAAAUAAAGAGUGACCAGGUCAUCUCUGUCAACCUGUUUCACUACUUGCAAAUAUGAAGAUCAACAAAAGGCAGAGCAACAGGUGUUGGAUGGCUUGCAGGAGAGAGAAUACUGGAAAAGUUUAUGAUUAUUUCUAUCUGUCUAGAAGGGUUCAGCAGACAUUAAGGCAAUACAGUGGUAUCUCAUUGACCUCUUCUGUUUCUCUGUCCACUACUUAAAGGUUCCGCUGCUGAACAUUUACUACUGUGCUCCACUCACCACGAUCCUUGCCCCAUUUUUUCUGUCCCCCACCUGUGAUGGAUUGCCUUUGAUUUAUCUCAGGAAGAUGAUGAAGAUGCAACUGUCCAGAAGGAGACAUAAAGAAUGCUUACACUGCAAGAGCUUUCUUGGGCAUUGUUUUUUCUCAUAGAUGGUUCAGAUUAUAUUCUUCAGAACAGUGAUCUGUGCUGAAAGGACAGCAGCAGAAGAGAAACUCUCCUCCCAGUGAUCCUGCUCCCUGUGAUUUUAAACCGUGUGUAGUUCUUAAAUCACUGUAAGCAUUUCCCCUAUCAUUAGUUCUUAUGGGAAAAUAUGCUCUUGCUAUCCUGCUCUUUUCAGGGAUGUUUCCUUGGGGAAUACUUGGGUGUGACUGCCAUCUGUUCUUCUUGGGCUACACUGGCAGGACAAGAGGUAAUGGCUGUAAGGAAGACCAAGGCAAGAAUUUGUAAAAACUUUCUAAGAAUAAGGAUAAUUGAUCACUGGAGUAGGUUGCCUAGGUAAAUUAUGACAUCUCUCUCAGUAAAAUUACUUUAAGCUUGUGUCAGAUAUGACAGUGACAAUGUUGAUCCUGUGUUGGGGCAGAAGCACAGAGUAAAGGUCUCUUGAGAUAAUCUCUAGUCCUGCUUCACUUUGACAAUGUCUCCUUAAGACGCAUUGAGCUUAAGAUGUUUGGCUGUGUGGUUUUUUGCAUGCAACUAUCCUUAGAUAUUUUGAGGCAAAAAAGAUACAGAUAAGAACUUUGAGAUACCAUUGGUAUACUUCUUUUCUUUUAGUGAUUAGCCAUAUUUCUGAACAUUUAACAACUAUCAUUCAAUAUGUCUAGUGCCUCCUCUGGAGAGCAAUCCUAAAAUAAACCUGAAAUAAUUGUGUUGCCUUAAAAAAGAUACAAGGUGGUUUUUUUUUUUGGUUUGAUUCCUAUUUAUUAGUUUCUAGGUGAUCAUAUAUGAACUGUACAUGGAUUCUGUACACAGAUAUUAGAGAUUCAAUUUGUAUUUUCCUCAAUACAUUUCUUUCUUCUUACACAAACCAGAAACACAUAAGAAUGUCAGAGUCUAACUCCUUAAAAACAAACAAACAAAUUCCACACUAAAAACCCAAACAAACAAAUUUAUAUGUUCAAGCUCUAGGAGGCAUCUCAUUCCACACUCUCCAGACUAAAACCCAUCCCGGGGAGAUACUGAUAAACCUGACAAGAUACCACCCUGAAGUGUGACUUCCCAACUGCCUGCUGCCCUUCUGUUUCUGUUGCACAAGCUCAGCUGGCUCCAGCCCUCAGAGUGAACUGUCCCAGCCCUCACACCCUCCAGCUCAUGGGCAGGCACUCCUCUGGCAGUCGAGGCCACACAUGAAAUUCUUAUGUACAGGAGAGAAUUUUUUUUUUUAAGUAUGUGUACAGUCUCAUUAUUAGUGAUAAAAGACGUUAAUUAAUGGAAGAGAAAGAUUUACCUUCUCCCAAGAUUUGCCCUGCUAUAGGAGCUGUCUUGCCCAGGAAUUAGGCUGGAUUAACUAUUUAGAAUGAUGAUGAAAAUGGUGAAGGGCAGAGUGGGUAGCAGAAAUUAGACAAUGGAUAUAUUUGAACAAGGUUUUCUCCUAAGAACAAUCAAAAAUGCAUGGUAGCUUCAAUUUAUGAAACAAUAUUUGUGUUAAGAAUGGAAAAAGCUAUUUGUGUCAGUGCUUGUGGUCAUAGUUUAAAUAUGCUUUAUUAAUAGGUCAGAUUAUACCUGAAAAUAAAUGUACGUUUUCCUGAAGAAAAGCUCCUGUGCUUUACUGCAGCUUUUUAAAGUGACAACUUGAAAUUGUUUUUUGUAAGUGAUGUUGGAAAUAAUUGUUUGUAGCUAAUUGCUAAUGGCUAUUACUGAUGUGCAGAUGAUACACAUUACAGUAGUUUACAGUUGUAGGGUCUGCUGCAGUAAGUGCAUUGUAAUUAUCAAGACUGCAAUAAAUUUCAGAAAUUGCAUAUUAUAAA